GGAAGCCAGCACCCCGUGCUCUCCACACCCUCAGCCUCAGGCUUGUACUGCUGCUCUGGCUGGCUCCUGGAUGGGCAGAGUGGGGUCACCCUGGGGCUUCUUCCAUAGCCCAGAGCAGCUGUGGCUGCCCGUCCCCGGGAGUGUCCCAGGCCAGGUGGGACACUGGGGCUUGGAGCAGCCAGGUCUAGUGCAAGGUGUCCCUGCCCGAGGCAGGGGGUGGAACGAGAUGUACUUGGAGGUCCCUUCCAACCCAAAGCAGUCCAUGAUUUUGAUUGUGUGACAGUUUGAUGCCUGCCCUGAGGUCAAGUUUCAUGUCUGAACCCUUGGGUGUGCUCGUGCCCCCAGACUGUGCUUUGGCAGGCACAGAGCAGAGCUGUGAGCAGGGAGCCCUGGGGCAGCUCAGGGGCUGUGUGACAGGGGCUGCCCUGGCUCAGGGCCCGCUUCCCCCGGGCUCGGGAGGCUGAUGGUCCACGUGCCCCUGCAUCUGAGGGGCUCUGAGGGGCUCUGAGGGCAUGUACCUGUGGAGAGGUGCGCUCAGUGUGAGCUGAGGGGCAGAACAGGGAAGGAGGUUCCCUCCCUCUGCCAGAGGAAGGGCUCUGUGCUGUCGGUAAGGCUUGCCAAGGUCUUGCUGCGGGAGGAUGGUGAUGUUCUGUGGUCCUGGAGCAGAGCUGAGGCAGGACAGGCUCCAUGGUGAGGGGCUGGGGGAGGAGAUCCUUCAGGCAGCCCCCUCACUGCAUUCAAGCUUUGCUGCAUCCCAGUGCCCACAGAAAUGCUGGCUGGGAGACUGGUGAGGAAGAAAGGAGAGAUCCUGGGCUCCAUUGCUCCCCAGGGCACUCAAGGCAGCAGAUUCCAUCUCUGCAGCACCUGGCACAUGGAAUCCCAGGAUCUGUGGCAGGGACUGCAGGAAGUCUGCCUGUCACUGAGGGACAGCACGUGUAGCUGACAGGGUUUCCAUAGAUUGCCUUUGGAGCUCUGGGUGUGUCAGAGCCUCCUGGCCCUGGGAGGACUCCUGGGCCCCCAGCUCAGGAGCCUGUCCCUGCACAGACCUGAGCCAUAUCUGCAGCCUCCCUGAUUGCAGAGGCUUCUAAAGCUGGAUUGCACGUGGGUGAGUGCAGGUUUCUGCAGAGACCUGUGCCAGCUUCCUGGUGCUGCAGGUGACCUGGACACCAGCGAGUUCAGGUAAAGUCCAUGUGCAGGUGUGCUGGGGAAGGCUGCAAAGCCAGGUGCUGUCAGGGUGUGCUUGUCUCCAGAAAGCUGGGGACAAGUUCAAUGGGAGGCAUCCGAGGUGGAGAGCAAAGUCCCAGGGAAAUACAGAUUUGAGUGCCUCUGGUAAUUUGGGGGUUUUAUUAGCAAGUUGUGUACAGUUUGAGCCUGACUGGGAGGAGGCCACCUGUGCUGGAAGGGAAGCUAGAGGCUGAUGGCCAAGGUCAGCAUUUCUCAGGGGUGCUGGACAUUUGUUUAGUGUUUUCUUGCAUGUCCAAAGUGUGAGAAGAGUCCCAGUAAAUGUGUGUCAUUGGCACUGGCUGUGCCAGGCAGGCAGGGUGUUUACUGUGAAGCUGAAAAGCAUUCCCUGUGUGAGGGAUGGGGCUGCCAGACCCCCGGGCUCCCCAGCUGGAAUCCAGUCACUCAAGUGACUGUGCACGGAGCCUGAAGGAGGAGCAAAAACGUCUGGGAGGGAAGAGACCCUGACACAGGAGGAAAGUAAGUACUUGGCUGGUUUAGCUGAGGAAUGAGGGCAGAGCUAGGCCAAACCUGACCCGAAAUGCACAGGUGUGACAUGAAAGAGCUCCUUCAGGAAAGGCAGCACUGAACAAAAGGGGUGGAUUUAGGAUGGCUGCGGGGGAAGCAAAUUGUGGAAGAAUUUUCUAACUGCAUGUCAUGAGCUUUGUGAGGAGUUUGCUCAGAGGCGUCCCUGCUUUCCUCUCCUUUCCUUCCCACAGAGCACCUCUCAGCACGGCUUGCAGACGACGUCUGUGUAGAGGUGAAUUCUGGCUGCCUGCUCGGGGACAGACCUUUGCUCUCUGUACCUCGCUGUGCUCCUGGCUUGGCUGGAGGGACGUAGGGAGCUGUGGUGGGAAGCAGAGCUGUGAAGGGAAGUAACGCAGCGUGCAGCUCGCAGGGAUUGAAGCUUGGUGCCUGUGCCCCCUCCCCGGACCUGCUCUGAGCCCUGCCCCCCUGCCCUCGGCUACCUGGGCCCCACAAGGGUGGCCAAAGUCAGUUUGUGUUCCUGGGUCUUGUGUGGUCCCCCCACAAACCCUCCCGGUGCCGGUGACCCUGCAGCAGUCUUUGCCCCUGGUGUUUGCACGUCUCCCCCGUUACUGAGGACAGCUCUAAAAAUGGUGAGGCAAUGGCCACCAACGGUGGAGGAGCCUUCAGCGACUACUCCUCCUCCGUGCCCUCCACCCCGAGCAUCAGCCAGCGGGAGCUGCGGAUCGAGACCAUCGCUGCCUCCAACACCCCCACCCCUAUCCGCAAGCAGUCCAAGCGGCGCUCCAACAUCUUCACGUCCCGGAAGGGCGCGGACCCGGAGCGCGACAAGAAGGUGCCGGAGUGCAAGGCCGACAGUAUUGGCAGCGGGCGGGCCAUUCCCAUGAAGCAGGGCAUUCUCCUCAAACGCAGUGGCAAGUCCCUCAAUAAGGAGUGGAAGAAGAAGUACGUGACGCUGUGUGACAAUGGGGUCCUCACCUACCACCCCAGCCUGCACGACUACAUGCAGAACGUGCAUGGCAAGGAGAUCGACCUGCUGAGAACCACGGUGAAGGUGCCGGGCAAGCGGCUCCCCAGGGCCACGGCAGCGCCCAGCGCCAGCCCCAAGGCCAACGGGCUGGCCAAGGAGCGGAGCAGCUCGCAGCUGGCAGCAGGCACAGGUGCUCCCCACUCGACCAGCAGCACCUCCCUGCACUCGGAGCGCUCCAUCAGCGGCAUCAACCUCGUGGGCUUCAGCUCCAAGCCAGACGGGAUGCACCAGCGCUCCUACUCUGUCUCCAGUGCAGACCAGUGGAACGAGGCCGUGGCUAUCCCUGGCAGCUGCCCCAACCCCUCUAACGGUACUGCCGACUCCCUCAGCUCCAGCCCAAACAUUUCCAGUGCCGCCAGCCCAAAGCUGGAGCCGCCUCCGUCACCGCAUGCCAACAGGAAAAAGCAUCGCAGGAAAAAGAGCACAGGGACAACUCGGCUCGAUGGCCCCAGCACGGCAGCAGAAGAACCAGAUGAGCCAUUUGAGUUCAUUAUCGUGUCACUGACGGGCCAGACGUGGCUCUUUGAAGCCUCAACAUCAGAGGAGCGGGAGCUCUGGGUGCAGGCCAUUGAGAGCCAGAUCCUGGCCAGCCUGCAGGGCUGUGAGAGCAGCAAAAACAAGGCUCGGCUGGGCAGCCAGGGCGACGCGCAAGCCAUGCAGGCCGUCCGCACCGCGCGCGGGAACAGCUUCUGCGUGGACUGCGACGCACCGAAUCCGGACUGGGCCAGUCUGAACCUGGGUGCCCUCAUGUGCAUCGAGUGCUCCGGGAUCCAUCGCAACCUGGGCACCCACCUGUCCCGUGUGCGCUCCCUGGACCUGGAUGACUGGCCUAGCGAGCUUCUUAUGGUCAUGACGGCCAUCGGCAACGCACUGGCAAACGCUGUCUGGGAGGGAAUGGUGGAGGGGUACCCCAAGCCCACGCCUGAGAGCAGUCGGGAGGAGAAGGAGCGCUGGAUCCGGGCUAAGUAUGAGCAGAAGCUCUUUCUGGCCCCACUGCCCCAGUCUGACAUCCCGCUGGGGCAGCAGCUGCUGCGGGCCGUGGUGGAGGAUGACCUGCGCCUCGUGGUGACACUGCUGGCCCACGGCACCAAGGAGGAAGUGAACGAGACCUACGGAGACGGAGACGGGCGCACCGCGCUGCAUCUGUCCUGCGCAAUGGCCAACGUAGUCUUCACACAGCUGCUCAUCUGGUACGGAGUGGAUGUGAAGAGCCGGGACGCGCGGGGCCUGACCCCGCUGGCCUACGCCCGGCGGGCCGGCAGCCAGGAGUGCAUCGACAUCCUGCUGCAGCACGGCUGCCCCAGCGACAGCGCCGCCACGCUGACCCCCAGCCUGCCCCGCCGCAACGCCAACGCCAACAACAACGCCUGCGCCGCCGCGCCCGCCGAGCUCAGCGCCAGCCCCGGCACGGGCUAGCCCGGCACGGGCCCUCUGCUCGCCGCACAGCUGCCCUCCAGCCCUGCCGCCGAGCGGGGCCGAGAGCCGCACAGACGGGCCCCACGGCGCCUGCCCCACCAGAGCCCCGCUGCAGCCAGGGGGAGGCUGGCAGCCAGCCGGGAGCCAGCAUCCUGCCCCUGUGCGCUGGUUCCAGCCCCCUCUGGCCGUGCAGCUGUGCAGACCCCGUGCUGGCAGCUUGUGGAGGGGCUCCUGCAUAAUCACUGCGGUGGCUCCAGUGCGCCCGUUCUCGUGACCGGUACGUGGGUGGGGAGGCAGCGUCUCCUGCUCCCCCCACACUUCUGUAGAUAAAGCAGGGGCUGGGGCAGCUCAGGUGUGUGGCCUCCCCUGCACAGCAGCACCAGGGAGGCUGAUGGCUGCGCCUGCUCCCUCGGGGAGGUCAGUGUGGUCACUCCCCUCCUGCUCUCCCUCCGUGUUGGCCUUGCCACACCUCCCAGUGCAGGGGUGAGGUGGGGGCAGCAGGAGAUGCGUGCUUCUCCAUCGCACCCCCACGCUCCUGUGCUUCUGGCCAGUGCAGGAGGGCUGCUCGCACCAAUACUGCUCCCCGUGUGCUGAUGCAAGGGUGGCACCUCCCCAGCACUGCCCCUGGACAAAGGCCUCCCCAGCCUCCCUGAUGACCCAGAGGGGGAAGAGGAUGGUCACCUCGGGAUCCCCAGCUCUGUCUGUCUGUCUGUCUGUAGAGUCACUGUCCUUCCAGGUUAAAGCUCCAAGCUCCAAGCCAUACACAGUGUCUCCAUCAGAGCCUCCCGCUGGCUCCCGCUGCUGCCCAGGUGGGGCUGGUCUCCAGCUGAGCAAGAGGAGAGGAGAGAAGCAUCUCUCUUUGCAUUGGGGUCAAGCCUCUAGCUGAAUGCUGGAACCUCAAGGCUUCGGACACUGCUAUGGAAUGUCUCUGUCACUUGUGUAUAAAAUGUACAUUGGAAAUAUUUAUAUGGACACUCUGUAUAUACGGUUUCUUUUCCAUAAGUUGCCCUGUGUGUGUUAUCUGCAGCCAAGGAGAUAAAGGCCAAUAAAGCAACCCACCUCCUGCCA